AUGCGAAAAUUAGUGAUCCCUAAGUACUACGGACGUCCUUCGAUCGGUUUGGCUUUACUUGGCUGCACGAACCGUCCGUUCUAUCACGUUUGUGUGUUCCCCGACAGGGCUUUGGGACGAAGAUACGAGGGUAAUAUUCUUGAACAGGUCGGAACAUUCGAUCCUCUUCCAAACCAAAAGAACGAGAAGCUUGUUGCCUUAAAUUUCGGACGUCUCAAAUACUGGAUUGGAGAGAGGAACGCACAUAUUUCCGUUCCCGUUCUCGAGCUUCUUGGCCUAUCGGGAUUGUUCCCAAUUCAUCCGAAAUCGUUCAUCCGAGCGAAGGAUAACAGGGCUCUGAUAGCCGAUCAACAGUUGAAAACAGUCGCUGAAGCAGCCGAAGCGGAGAAGAUCACUCAGGAACAGGAUUCAAGCGGCGCCCAAUCGACCUCUCACCCACAGUAA